AUGCGCACCUCGCCGCACCCCGUGGGGCCCCGGGGCUGUUCCCACACGUGCGGCAAAAGCCCCGCCCUUGCAGACUCCAAAGCCAGCGGGGGGUUAGAGGGGUCAAGGUCCCCACGAGAUGUGCCUCUGACCGCAGAGGUCCUCCUGGAGGCCACUGCUGUCCCCGUCCAGCUGGCGGUGACUGUGAACCCUGAGGGCUUUUCUGGAGAAAGGACGCCCUGGGCCUGGAUUCUGUCUCCCCAGCGGGAGCCUGGGUCAGAGCGGAGGGCGGCAGCCUCGGACAGCAAGGGUGCUCCUCCGGCUCCAGAGUCCCCGGGGCAGAUGGGCCAGAAUCGUCAAAAUGCAGGUUCCCGGGGCCCAGCAGGGGCCGGCGGCGCGGCAGCCACCCGCGCCGCCGGCCGACACCUCUUUUCCGGGGCGCCUCCCAGAACCUGCUUGGCCGAGAAGGCCUUUGGAGCUGCCCUGUGCGCGGGGAAGAGCCGCUUUCUCUGCCUUUCCCGAGAAGCCCCUCCUCUGCUGGGGGCCCCCUCCCCGGCCCGGGGUGCGCGGGACCAGGACAGCCCGCCGGGGGAGGCGCUGGGGACCACGCACAGUCCCGCACCCGCCCGGCCCCACACACCCCACGGCUUGGGGCGUCCCCACAAGGCCCAGGGGGACGCAGGAGCAGGAGCAGAGCCCCCGCCGCCCCCUGCGCCGCCCCCCGCAAGUCGGGGGCUGGGAUCGGGAGGGGGACAGCAGCAGGGGCAGCGCGGCGCUGGGCUCAGAGGCCACGCGCCAGCCCAGCGCAGCCGGCCGCCCCGCGCGGGCCAGACCCCGGGGCCCCGCCCCCGGCCCUCCAACCCGGGGAGCCCGCCCGCAGGCGGGGCCCCCUCCGCCCGGGAGCCGCCGCGCGCCGCCGGCGCCCUCUCGUGGCCGCCGCGGGACGGGACGCGAGGCGCGCAGGCGCGCACACGGGCUCCGCGUCCCUCCGCUCCCCUGCCCACGGGCGCGCGCGCGCGCGCGCACUCUCGGGCGGGGCGGGGGCCCGCGUCCCGCGGCCGCUCAGCUUCGCGCUGCCCAGGGUGCCCUCCAGGGAAGCAGGAUCCUCGGGACCGCAGACCCGGGCAGCCGCGGGCUCGCGUCCCCCCGCCCUCCGGGGCCCGGCCGCCGCCCUGCCUCCCGCGGGGGACGCGCAUCCUGAGCUGCAGCCCCCCCGGCCCGGUGCCCCUGACCCCGGCGGGUCCGAGCGCAGGCAGGACGCUCGGCCAGCUCCCCAGCCGCUUCACCACCGGGCAGCGCGGCCUCCAGCCACGGUCACAGCCCCUCAGCACGCUCUCCCAGGAAUCGCGGUGA